AUGACGCGCUUCGCCUUUUCAUGGCUUUUGGCCGCCGUUCUCCUUGUCUCCAGCAGUCUGGUCCGAGCCGAGGACUGCCAGUGUUCGCCGGAGACCCAAAGGGUUACUUAUAUCGUGGUUGAGAUGCCCGAUCCCCAAUCGACUCAGUCUUCCUUGUUGUCUACUCCCACGCCUAUUAUCUCCAAACUUAACGUCAAGCCCACGGCAACUGCGCAUACUGUACCGACCAAGCCUACCAAUUUCCCGACUGAGGGUCCUUUUGUUGAGCCACCCAAGCCCGACACUCACCCUGAUAACACAACGCACACUUUUGGCCCCUGCUCGGCUCCAGGUAUCGACCGCAGUGACCCCAUCAACAUCGUGCCUGCGCAGAAUGUUUCGCUCUACUAUUCGUCCUCGGACGAGGAGGAGCCGGGCUCCAUCGGCAUGAACCUGACCAUGAAUAACCCUACUGUCGUUCUGGAACAGAUUGACUCUAUCAGCAACGUCAUCUGCAACAACCUUACAGUGACAGUUUUGUUUGAGAAUCUUGAAGGCUUCAACGAGGCUGUCAAGGACUGGAGCGAUGAUGAGGCAUUUGUCCUCAUCACCAACCACAUGGGUAACUGCAACGCAGCCCUUGAGCGCGGCUUCUUCCUCGCGUCCGGCGUGUCAUCCAAUGCUGAAAAGCUGGCUGUCACUGUUAAGGCAUCCAGGAAGGAGCUCGCCAGCAUCGCAGAAUCUUGCGAGAUGGCUUUCACGUCUCUUCCUGCUGCAUCUCUGACCCGCCGUCUCGUUCUGGACCCCAGCGUCUCGCUUAGCUUCGCAGAGGGUCUGCCUGAGAACACUGUGCUCUUCUCUGACGGGCAGUACAUUGACGUCACUGCCGAGGAGGCCUGGUUCCAGUCCACCAUCACCUUCUCCGGAUACCUCAAGUACAACUUCUGGAGGUUCCGCCUUGAGCACCUCUACUUUGAUCUCGAUGCCAACUUUGCUUCCUCCGCCGCUGUAUCGGCCGAAAUCAGAGCAUCCUUUGCCGAGACCAUCCGCUACUCACCGGACGUUCUAGCGUGGUCUCUCGUCGAGGUCCCCAGCAUCGUCUCUCUCGGCCCAGGCAUUGCCUUUGGCCUCGCUCUUGAUGUCGAGGCCACCGCGGCCGUCGGUCUCCACGCUGGUGUCGACGUCAACAUACCCGCCGGCAACGUGCAUGUCGACCUUCUCGACGGCUCCAAGUCCGGCACUUCUGGCUGGGAGCCUCAAUACAACAGCUACGCCAACAUCUCCCAGGCUGCCGAUGUGCGCCUCGACGUUGGUGCCGAUGUUACCGUCCAGCUGGCCUUCAAGCUCCUUGGUGGCCUCGUCGACCUGUCUAGUGGUGUCACUGCUUCGCCUGGCAUUGCCAACAAGUUUAAGCUGCGCGGUGAACAGGAUGCCUGGGUCGGAGGCACAGGUGCGCAGAUUGACGCGGGCUUCGAGGUUCCCAAGGACGGUCUCGUGUGCGCCGAAACGAAUGGUGUCGAGUUUGCAUCGGACUUUUACUUUAACGUUUCGGCGUUCGCGACCAAGUUCUGGCAGCGGGAUCUGUACAAUGUCAGGGUGCCAUUGUGGGAUGUUUGCUACAGCUUCUAA